AUCUCUUAGCACGAUCUGAACCGGAGAACCGCCAAAAAGAUAAAUAUAAAUCACAAAUAAGAUUUGCAAAAUAUAAAAACAAAAAGGGGGGCGGAGAGAGAAGACGAGAAAACCGAGCUGCACUGUGCGGCAAAAAAUCAAUCUCAGUUCGUUAACUUAUGUGCGAAGUAUUUAAAUAUACAAUCGGAAGUAUUGAGCGUAUAAUUAAAUCAAUUGAAUAAGAAAGAAGUGAGAUUACAAUAAUCAUCAUGGAGAGCACUGGAAUGAUUAACGGAAGACCUAUCCAACAGGAAGGUCGAAAAUUAUGGCAAUACAUGGCAACUAUCUCUGGGUGUCUUCUUUCCGUUGGGGCUGGAACGAUAUUAUCGUGGACGUCACCGGUUCUCCCGAAAUUGAAUAGUCCUUCGGCGUGGCUUUACGUUAACGAAGAACAAGGAUCGUGGGUCGGUUCUUUGAUGGCGAUAGGUGCAAUAAUAGGAGCAGUACCGGCGGGAGGUUUGGCCGAUAAAUUGGGUCGUAAAAAAACGAUCUUAGCAACGGCCAUUCCUUACAUAACAGGGUGGAUAAUGAUAACAUUCGCAAAUAAUGUGUUAACUCUGUACUUCGCGAGGCUAUUGGGAGGUAUAGGCGUAGGUGCAACAUGCGUUUUGGUUCCAAUGUACAUAGCGGAGAUAGCCGAACCGGCGAUCAGAGGCGUUUUGGGAUCAAUUUUUCAACUUUGCAUAUCCGCUGGUGUACUUUACGGAUUUGUUGUUGGCGCGAUCGUCUCUUAUACCGGACUCGCGAUAAUAUGCUGUUGCGUGGAAAUCGCAUUUCUCGCAAGUUUCUUCUGGAUGCCAGAAUCGCCGGUUUGGUUGAUGUGUCAAGGAAGAAAGACGGAGGCUUCGAAGGCGCUGAAAAUAUUCCGAGGGGAGGAUUAUGACGUGAACGAGGAAUUGGCGGCGAUGCAAAAGAGCGCCGAAGAAACGGCAUCGAGAAAAUCUUCACCCGCUGAUUUAAUUAACACCAAAGGAGCCCGAACGGCGCUCUUUAGUGGCUUGGGAUUGCUCGCUUUGCAGCAACUCACCGGAAUUAACGCGGUUAUUUUUUACGGCAGCACAAUUUUCGCGGCCGCAGGAAGCUCCAUGGCACCCGACUUGGCCUCGAUAGUGAUCGCUUUGGUCCAGUGCGUGAUGUCGGUAAUUGCUGCAUUCAUAGUAGACAGGGUUGGAAGACGUGUUUUGCUGGUAUUUUCAUCGAGCGUAUUGGCACUCUGCUUAUUUUUCCUUGGUCUUUAUUUCCAAUUGAAUUUAACCAGCAUGGGAUGGCUUCCACUUCUUUGCCUGACGCUCUUCAUGGUCGCUUUUGCAGUGGGUUACGGUCCCGUUCCCUGGAUGAUGGUGGGCGAAUUAUUUCCGCCGGAGACAAAAGGAUUGGCGAGCGUUAUCGCCGUCAUAAUAAACUGGGGCACUUCUUUUCUGGUAACAAAAUUUUUCGCCACCUUGAAAGAAGCUUACGGUGACGGAGUGACGUUUUGGUUAUUCGCUGGAAUAAUGGUGGGGGCUACAGCGUUUGGUUUCUUCGUCGUUCCCGAAACGAGGGGCAAAAGUCUGCAACAAAUCCAGGAUGAACUCAACGGGAAAGUUCGAAACACCAUCGCCUGAGAUUACACGUAACACGUCAUUGUGGGAAAAAAGAACCAAUAAUGAUAAUGACUGCAAUUUCCGGGAUCAUUUCGUCUUCCAACGUCAUCUCAGAUCAGGUUUAUUAUCGGGAGACAGAAACAGGAAAUCGGAAAAUUUGAUUUGGAUUUCAAAAGAAAUUUUCAAUUAUAAUAAAAAUAAAAACGUACGAAGACGUCAAUUUACGAUCAACGAAAACUGAAAAACGAAUACCUGUUAUUCCAUUUAUUGUUGAGCAUUAUCGUUAUCGUAUGUAAAUUGCACUGUACAUAUCAAGAAAUAAGGAUAGUUUAACUAUUCUUCACGAAUUUUGUAAAUACUAUAAAAGAAAAUUUUGUUCACUAAUUUAUUGUAUGUACAUAUGACUGUAACAAGAUUUUUGUAUUAAAGAAAAUCUCCAGCAAA